UGGUGUGCCUGUUCCUGGAAAUGGAAAGUUAAUAUUAUUUUGGUUGGCGGGGUCGCUGCAGCGAUUGGAAAGAGAGGCUACUCCUGUUAAUAUUGACAUGGAUGCACUUCUGAGAAGAUGGAGAAUAUUUUUUCCUGAUGCGACGAACUGUAUCAAUCUCUGUAGAAAGCAGCAACAGCAUUGCAGGUUUUACCAUGAGAAAAAGAAGCGCCUAUUGUUAUCCCAGCAUUUUUUAUCAAUGAAUCUGCGGGAGGACAAAUUAGUAUCACAAGAGACCAAGAUGGGGGAAAUGACGUGUAAAAGUCAGAGGCUAAUGUUACUAGGAGGCCUGAUCUGUCCCGCUAGCCCUGGCUGCUACCAUUAUAUGCCAUACACUGUCCGAGCAAUGGAGAAGCUCAUCAAGGUGAUAGACCGAGAAAUGCAGGUCAUAGGGGGUCAUAAAGUGAAUAUGCCCACAUUGUGCUCAGCAAAGCUCUGGAGAGCCAGUGGAAGGUGGGAGCUGAUGGGCAAAGAGCUCUUACGCCUGGCAGACCGACAUGGCCAGGAAUAUUGCCUCGGACCCACUCAUGAAGAGGCCAUCACAGACCUUAUAGCUUCUCAAGGCUUGUUGUCCUACAGAGAGCUCCCCCUCUUGCUCUACCAGAUAACAAGAAAGUUUCGAGAUGAGCCAAAGCCACGCUUUGGGUUGCUGCGUGGCAGGGAGUUCUAUAUGAAAGACAUGUACUCUUUUGAUAUCUCUGAGGAGGCUGCCUACAACACAUAUGCUCUGGUUUGCAGUGCAUACUGUAAUAUAUUCAAUAGCUUGAAUCUGCGGUUUGUGAAAGUCCAAGCAGCCACAGGGAGCAUUGGGGGGACAAUGUCUCAUGAGUUCCAGCUUCCUGCUGACAUUGGUGAGGACAAGCUGAUGACAUGUACAAACUGUGACUUUUCAGUGAAUGUGGAACUGAUAAAUGCAGACCAGAGGUGUUGUUCAGUUUGCAAAGGGGAGCUAGUUGAAACCAAAGGAAUUGAAGUUGGCCAUACAUUCUUCUUGGGCACCAAAUACUCUUCUGUUUUUAAUGCCACUUUCCAAACUUCUCAAGGUAAGCCUGCCCUAGCUGAAAUGGGCUGCUAUGGUUUAGGUGUGACACGCAUCCUGGCAGCUUCCAUUGAAGUGCUUUCUACAGAGGAUGCCAUUCGUUGGCCAAGCCUCAUUGCCCCUUAUCAAGUCUGCUUCAUUCCCCCAAAGAAAGGCAGCAAGGAGGAGGAAGCAACAGUGCUCCUGGAAGGUUUAUAUGACUGUGUUGCUGAAGCAGUCCCUCAGCUCAAAGAGGAUAUUGUGUUGGAUGACCGGAUCCACCUCACCAUUGGUAAAAGGCUAAAAGAUGUUAAAAAACUUGGGUACCCCUAUGUGAUCAUUGGUGGGAAGGCGGCUUUGGAUGACCCUUCACUCUUUGAAGUAUGGAAUCAGAACACCGGAGAGAAUUUGUUCCUCACCAGAGAAGCCAUUAUUGACUUGCUAAGUAAAGUGCCAGCUUGCUAAUUCUUGAGCUUUUGACUCUUGAGCUAAAUGCUUUCGAAAUAAACAGGAGAGUGAGGAGGUGGGGGUAGGGUUGCUAGUCUAUAUUGUCUAGCCCAAGGACUGAAAGAGGUUAUGACAGUACCUCUUUCCCAGAGCCUCACUGACACUGUUUAACCAUUGACUUCCGCAUUGGUGAUCAUUCCCGCUGCUGUUGGGAUGUUUCUCCAGCACUGUAGCCAUCAGGUUAGCCAUUGGUUGUACACAGCAGCAUACAGCCUACCUGACAGUCUCUCUGUGGGAGAGCGGUAAGAGGUAAAUGUUAAAAUACUUUGAAAUAAAGUGCUUACCAAGGUCCUUUUCUCCUGAAGCAAUCCAAUGUCCAUGGCUGAUAUAAAAGUGAAACUGUGUCUCCUGGGAGUUUUGCUGGGUGGAGUGGGGGGUGAGAUCAUAUGGUCUGAGUACUUCACUGGCUCUCUGAGUAUGGUGUGUCUAAAUCUUUCUGAUCUUUUGCUGGCUAAAUUAUGUGAGUUCUGGUUACAUUACUUGCUUGUGUCCUAGUGUGGUGCCUUGGCUAUACAAGGCUGGGAACAAAAUUUUAGUCCAGUGGGACCUUUAA